GCCCAGUCUAGCCCAGAGCUGCGCAUGCGCACAGACAGUCAGAGCCGGCCAGUCAGCUCCAGGGAGGAGGAAGCCGCCAUGGAGUCAUACGAUGUGAUCGCCAACCAGCCCGUGGUUAUUGACAAUGUGAGUAGCGGAUCCCGUUACCGGCUCCCUGUCCCCCUCCCCCCUCCCGCAGGCGCCGUGUCCUCCCGUUACCGGCCGCCCCCCGCAUUCAUUCUCCCUUUGUCACGGCCACCGCGCCCCGUCCUGCCAGUCAGAGCGGGCUGUGCAGCCCGGGGCCGGCCAGGCGGGGGACCUCCGGGAGCCCGGGGAGGGACGGGUUAAACCCGCACCGUGUACCGGCCGCCCGUCACUCACUGACGGGAAUAUUAUUUACGGUGGGGGGGUCAGUGGGCGGGGCUAGGAUGGAGGCAGCCUAACCUGCUACCCGCGUCACCACCCGCCAGGAGGACCAAAAGGGCGGGCCAGACGGCGUCCGCGUCAUGUGAUUGGGCGACCGAGCCUGUCACUCAGGUUGGGGGCGGGGCAUGGAGUGCGCGUGGAUGAGAUCAGUGAGCCGCACCCUGUGCUGGUAUUGGCCCGGACACUGAUUGACGGGCCGUACACAGAAUGUGAUUGGCUGGUGAAGCUGUCAGGCUGUGCUUUGCUCUGGGUGUGGAAGGAUGGGGAUGGUAAGGGAUAGACCGUUAUGUGGGGUGUGUCACGUGACGCCCUGCAGUAGGCUGUUACAUGAAGAGCUCUGCCCUGCAGGGUGCACAAUUCAUAGUAAAGGGACACUGUAACAAGUUAAUCUGUAUUCAGUUGUUAUGGUGCCAGCAAGCCCCCGCCACACUCUUACCUUAAGGGGUUAAACCGUUCCCAAAAUGUGCCUAUAUGCAGCUCCCCCAGGCGGCACCUGGCUUCUGAAUCUCCGUUUAGAGAAAGAUUUAACGCCUUAAGGAAAGAGUGCGUCCGGGCGCCUCCUGGUACCAUAACAACUUCAUGUUGAUAAAGUUGUUAUGGUGACGGGAGUGUUCCUUUUAAGUAAAGCACCGUUCUCACUUUCAGGGUCGUUAUACAUUGUGCGCAGGCCUUGAGGGGACCUGUGUGAUUGUAUUACAGCAGUCUUGGGAGAAACCUAAUUGGCACUUCCAUAUUGUUUCCAAAGUCUGAUGAUGUUGCUAUGGUGGAAGGAUGUACCUAGCUCGGGAUUAAAGGAAUUCUAUAGGCACUCCAUCUUGGUGCUCUAGGUGCCAUGUACACUUUGUUUUCUUUCCUGCAGCUGAAAGCAUUCUCUUUCUGCAGGAACGACAAUGUUUUCAUUGCGGGAUUAGCCUGCCUCUAGCGCUGUCAUAUGGACAGUCACUAGAGGCACUUUUUAAAAUAUUGGAGUAAAGCUUCACGAUUUCUAUCAGAUGGCCACAAGGAGUCCAUUACAUAGGUGAAGCAUGGCGUUUUGCCACUGAUGCGCAAUAGUCUCAUAUAGAAAGCAUUGGAUUGGCUAAGAUCCAAUUACAUCUUCAGCAAUAUCAAAUCAAGGCUUCGGCAAUAUAAGGAAAAGGUAAGUAAACUACUUUCUUUAACACUUGCAGCAGUGUCCUAGUCACCUGAUCAGCAGUGAUCGUGGCACUAUAGCAUGAGGAAUACAUAUUGGUAUUACUAACACUAUAACUUAAUGGAUUAAACCGUUAACCCGAAGGGUUUUCUUUAAAUUCCUGGCAAUUUAUUUGUCAUCUUAUGUCACUGUAGUAUUGUCACUUAUGUUCUGGAGUACAUUACAGAGGUCUAUGGAUGUACCUGCAAGACCACAAGAUCCUCCAAAGAACUACUAAAGCUAUUGACAGCUGCUGGAGAAGGACAGAAACUGUCAACCUUUGUCACCCUUGACUUUACCUACUCUGUCCUUUGAUAUCUCAGUUGCUUUCAAAUUUCAGUGAAAUUCUAGCACAAUGUGCGUAUUUUAUGAGGAUUUUGUAGUUGUAAAUGCUCAAAUUUAAUCCAUAAGUAAUCACAAACGAGUCCUUGAUAUAUCUUCUGCACCGUAUACAUUCACUAAAAAGCACAUACAAGUAUGUGUCUAAAAUGGUGAAUUUGGCAACCUGGGGUUGCAGCCUGCACACAUCUCUUUCUGUGUAACAAUAAAGGUUCUGGUCCAUCUAUCUCUACUCUUCUGCAAAUAAAUCCUGUAUAGGUAAAUGGAACCUUUUUGUCACUGCCCCAGUUGCAUUCCCAAGACAACUUCACGUAUGUAUACACUUUCCAUUGCUAAAAAAAGGCAGGUUUAAAAAAAAAAAAAAAAAAAGCUUCUAAAUACAUAAAAACCGAAACAUAAGUCCACUUUCAUUGUAGUAUAUAGCUAUGUGACACAAAUUGAGGAGAGCAAUAUACUGGCAGCCUUUGUUGCAAUAGCAGUAACUCAAGGUUUUUAAACAGACUAUAUUUUUUUUUCAAUAGGCAUUGAACACAAUUUAUUUUUGCUUUUAAACAGGUGAACUAUUACCUAAUAGCCUUAUAUUAAAAAUGCACACUUUUACCCAACAUAACCUUGUUAACCUCAACUACCUGAAACCCGAUGAUAGCCCUUAUAUUACACAAAUACAACAUACUACCCACACUGCCGGAACUGAUGAGGACCCGGACAGGAAGUUUGACUGAACCAUCGGAUCCCAGCUGGCGAUAAUGCUCUGUUCCCCAACUGCUUCCGUUGGCUAUAGCAGCCCACACGAUCUAUCCUGUCCGGAAACAUGUAAUUGUUGAUUGAGAAUGAAACUGUACGGCGUAAACCUGAAUCUCUCUGUGAAACUAUGUUCAAAAGUUUUCACUGCGAUCCAAGUGGCCUAUAUAGCGCAUAUUCUCACCCUAAUAAAAAUAAACCCAAAAAUACAUAUGAUCUAAAAAAAAAUAUACUAACGUGCAAAUACACAAAUUGGAUGCAUCUUAAAAGACAGUAGAGGAAUUAAAAUUCCUAAUUUGAUGUCACUGACCCUGGGGUCAUCUUAUAGCUUCAGUGAUUGUUGUAGAUCAUUUAUAGGCCAAACUUUGAGGAGGCUCAAGGACCAGGUUACUCUGUGCAUCAUAAACUAGUGUGUUCAGCUAGCAUAGGUUGAAAUGGUCCUUGGAGCAACCAUGUAUCUCUCUGCUAAAACAUGGACAACAUUGCUUCUUUAAACCUUAUUUAGGAAAGUCUUAGACUUAAAAGGCGGCCUUGGGUAGAUCACACAGAUAAUCUACAGACACAGCAAAUUACAUACAUGGCCACCCCAGUGCACGAAGGAUAUGUCAUUUAAAGGCUGCAGUACUUCAAAUAAAUUCUGGAUGUGUAUAUGCUACGUAUUUGGCUUGCACAGUGUUGUGAGCUAUAUAAAUCUUUAGAUUUUAUAUUUUGUUGAAUGAAAAAAUUUACUAAUUCAGCAAGUCACGAAUAUUUUCUUACAUUAGAGCAGAUUGUUGCUGAGAUGAAUUUAUAAUAUUUACAGAACUAAUUAUAGAGCCCUUAAUAACACUGAAACUCACAAUCCCGGAUCUCACGGUUUAAGGAGGCAUCUAAAGAGUAUCAUGCACGAUUCGAUCCUUUUUUUUCUCUUCAAUAAAUACAGAAGCCAUGUGCACCUCAACAUCACCCAUUCUUCCAAAUGAAGUUGAUAUAUAAGAAAACAGGGACACAUGUUUCUACCAUGGGUCUUUUGCAGGCGUUUUAUACAACUGUGUUCACGUGUCGUAAGCUUGCUCUUGUGUUUUGAUUGAGUAACAUCUCUGAAACUGCUUGUGCAGUUAAAUAGAAGCCAAACGUUGGUCAUGCACAAGGCUUUCAGGUUAAAGCUAUGCCGAGGCUUAUGGUAUAUGUACAGUGGUCCCACUAAAAGUAAUGGGAUGACCAGAUAAGCUGUGAGAUCUCAUCUAGUGGCAACUAUAUUGUCAGUAAAAUUAUGUAAAUUUUGGAACUUUACCUUUAAAGACAAAGACACUAAGUGCCUUCUGAAAUACUGUAACAGAAAUGUUUAUAUGUAUCCCACUUAUUGAUUCUCCUUACGCGACUUAUUUAAUAUAUUAUGUAGGAGUUAGGAUUGUUAGUGAAAAGAAAAUACUUAACGACCAGGUGUAAUAUUGCAUUUACUUUGAGGUAAAGAAUUAUAUGGGCAAUUGGAUCCAACUGGUUUCUUUUUCUAUUUUUAGGGCUCUGGAGUCAUUAAGGCAGGAUUUGCAGGUGAUCAGAUCCCAAAGUACUGCUUUCCAAAUUAGUGAGUACCAUGUCUGCUUGUUUAGGCUUCGAUUUAACGUUGUAUAAGCUUUCUGGAUACACUUUUAAACUGAUUCAAUACUAUGAAAAAUAUUAGAAGUUUGUUAUAUUUUGAUAUAUUUUUUAUAUGUGGUAUAUUUUUUUUUUUGGUAUUUGCAAAGCUAAGCCAACAAUUUUUUUAAUUUAGGUCCUAUUACUCACUGUGUAUAUAGGAUUUAAAGAGCUGUGACCUUAACAUGUCUAUUUAUUUUUUUCUUCCCCAAGUGUUGGAAGGCCUAAGCAUAUUCGAGUCAUGGCUGGUGCCCUGGAAGGUGAUUUAUUUAUUGGACCAAAGGCAGAGGUAACCUUGAACAAUUUCAAGUAGCAGGCAGUCUAAAACCAUUUUUUUUCCUGUGCUUGUGAAACAUUGUGUACUUUGUGUUAAUUCUAUUGUAAACACUAACUUGUUUCAAGUUCCUCCUAUCUGUGAUGAGCAGAGAAUUGAUGUCAAGGGAUCAGAAGUGAUCACUACUUCCUUAGAAAAUGCUUUGAUAGAGUAAACCAACAGCUUUAGAAAGAUUGAGUGAAAAUAAAUAUAUAUAUAUAUAUAUAUAUAUAUAUAUAAUUAGAUGUCAAUUCUGAAUCAUUAUUACAAUAAAUCACACAAUUCAAAUCACUGCUUCUAGGAAAAACCUGUUUCUUCUGCUACAGGGUUGGGAUUAAAGUGACCAUUUAUUUCAAUACUGCUUUGGUUCGUUUCAGUACAACAGUGUAUAUGAGCUGUUCCCAUUUCAGAGACAGACCUAGAAUAUGUUUUCUAGGUAUUGCGAAAGAGGUGUGUGUGCAAGUAAAAUUCUCUACAAAGCUAUAUGUCCACAAGAUGAUUUCUUUUUGUUUUUAAGCCUUCGUAUACUGUGCUAAAACAUGUUACUGCUUGUAGACACUUCUAUCUCUCAGCUUUUAACAAAGAUGUAAAAAAUAUAAAUACAUUUGAUUCUUUUCUUUUCAGCAAUAUAAUUGUUUUGCUAACACUGAUAUUUUAAAUAGAAGAUGUAGUGUCUGAGUAGCUUGGUGCAUGCUGUUAGUUUUAAAAUCUAGAGUUUUGCAUCCUUAUAGGAGCACAGGGGUCUCCUUUCUAUCCGGUAUCCCAUGGAACAUGGAAUCGUAAAGGACUGGAACGAUAUGGAACGUAUCUGGCAAUAUGUCUACUCAAAGGAUCAGCUACAAACCUUCUCUGAAGAGGUGCAGUGUUUUUUCUUUUUUUUUUUCUUUUAUUCAGCACAUUUAAUAUACUUUAAUUAUUACACAUAAAAAAAAAAACAUGGCCACUUAUGUUACUCGAUACGAUUAUGAGGCUUGGAGCUUCUUGUUCACUUAGCAGUAAUUCUGUUAAAACAGGAGUGAUAUCCCUAACCCCCAACUCUCUGAUGCCACAUGGUGGAUAUCUUCACUGUGACGAGUACAAACCUUGCACUGUGUGCUUUUCCUGAGCAUGACUGUGCAGCUUUAAAUCAAAUGAGAUUCAUGGGAUACAUUGAAACUCUAUGGAAAAUGGGAGGACCAGAAUGGGUUAAGAGGACUCUGCUACUUCCUGCUCUUAUUAGUAGUUGUCAUUGCACAAGUUGCAGAUUUUGAGGAAUUGGCAGAAUUCAAUAUUUAAAAAAACGAGCAAACUGUCCGACUUCGGAUUACAAUAUCUCUUUUCUUAAUACUUUACUAAUAAUGUAACUACAGCUGUUUAAUUCUUUACAAGUUAUACUUUUCUUCCUUUCCACAGCAUCCUGUAUUGUUAACAGAAGCACCUUUGAAUCCACGAAAGAAUAGAGAACGUGCUGCAGAAGUUUUCUUUGAGACGUUCAAUGUCCCAGCUCUGUUCAUUUCCAUGCAAGCUGUGCUUAGUCUGUGAGUGUGCCUUUAAAGCUAUUUGUAUUGUAUUUACAUGUACAGCUAGGCUACAAGAAAGGCUUCUCAAUAGAUUUAAUUGUGUCACACCUCUGAUUAAAUCCAUCUUGGGUUUCCAUUCUGUUUGUUUUAGUUAUGCAACAGGGAGGACAACAGGGGUUGUUUUGGAUGCUGGUGAUGGGGUGACGCACGCAGUUCCCAUCUAUGAAGGCUUUGCCAUGCCUCAUUCCAUAAUGAGGAUUGAUAUCGCAGGCCGAGAUGUCUCCCGCUUCUUGCGCCUCUACCUUCGAAAGGAGGGCUACGAUUUCCAUACUUCAGCAGAGUUUGAAAUUGUCAAAACCAUCAAAGAGGUUUGUAGGAUUUUUGCAUGUUUAAUCUUUUUGUUUCAGCUUGUAUUUUUUUUUUUUAUUAGGGGUGGGGAUAUUUAUUUUGUUUUUUAAACGCUCUUUCUUUAUAAAAAGCCAUGCCUAAACUUGGAGAGAAACAUUCACUCUGUGAUUUGUUGGGUGAUUUAAAAUUUUAGGACAAAAUAUUUUUUUUAAAAAUUCAGUCGUUGACCGUGUAGUGAAUAAUCCUGCAUUUUUCUAGUAUUUUUGGAGAUCCUUAAAAUGUAAUCCCAUGCAGGCUACCUUACUUACAAGUCAUUUCGUGUUGCUUCCUUUAGGGUGUAUUUAUAUGGAAUUAUAUAAAUGACUCUCUUGUACUAAUUCCAGGAAAGAAGGAUCUCAUUUUGUGAUAGAAUGUAGAUCGUCUCCUUACCAACUGCUGCCAGUUGGUUGGAGAGCGGCUUGUGAUCCCUAGAUGUUGAGAUUUCAAGUGACUUUGAGUGUGUUCACAGUGACGGUGCCUGUAGUUGCAGACUCUCCUGCUAUAUCAUGCUUCAUCAUGUAACUUCAUUUUUAAUAAAGUAAACUUUAAAAUUAGUUUAGUGUUACUUUAAGUGAAGCUAAUGACAGUCAGUCACAUCAAACCUUAAUGAAAAUGCUUCCAGAGUUUCUUGUCUCUCUUGACUACAAAACUGCUAAAACCCUAAUCCACUGUCUGAAACUGUGGAAGCCAAAAUAGACUGGAAAGGCUGACUCACCAAGCACAGUAUGUUGUUCAGCCUAAAACAGCACAUAUGAUGCAUUUUGAAUAGAGGUAGACAAUAUGCGUGGUGGACCACAUUUGGUAAUACACGCAGUAAAUUGCAAUAGAUUUGUUAUUCUAGCUGAGGAACAAUCAAUAAUUUAUAUUGUCCUCAAUUAUGUGCUAUUUUACUAUACCUAUAUCAGGGCUUAAAAUAUGAAGUCCUGUGCUACUAGCCAAGCCUUAAAAGUGGCUUGCCGUUGUAUGAGCUCCACGGGUGAAUUUCUACUCGCAAGGGUUAAAUUGUUACGUGCCAACGGCUGAAAAUUUUGAGCAUUACCUACAUCCACUUAGGGACGCUCCAAACAUUUUCAUACGUGUAGGACUGCAUACCUUAAAGUCUGCAAGCAUUGCUCUUCCCCGUGCUGUAACACGUGUUACAAAGAGUGAUGCUGUAACCCGGGUUACGAGUAGUGAUUAAAAAAAAGGUUUUGUAGUGGGACAGGGAUUCAAAAUCAGGACAAACUGAGAAACUUGGAAUACAAUCAAACUAUGUAUUUAUCAGAAGAAAUGUGUUCUAACUGACAUUUUACAUCAGAUUCUUUAUACAUUUUCCUCAUUUGCAAAUAAGGAAUGUAGCUUGAGACAUCACAGAUUCCAUGAGGUAGAUAUUUAGAAAUAACACUGUGGUUCUGUAAAUUGACAUGUAUCCAAAAAUAAUUUUAUUCACAUACGUUUUAUCCUUUUUGUUUCUUUGCGUAUACAGCGUGCAUGCUACCUGUCUAUAAACCCACAGAAAGAUGAGACUUUGGAGACCGAGAAGGCCCAGUAUUAUUUACCCGAUGGCAGCACAAUUGAGGUUUGUACACUUUUUUUUUUUUUUUCUUUUUUGUUCCUCUUUUACUUUUUCUUCAAAAAAGUCCCAGUUGAGGACUGACCGUUGAUCUUUAUCUCUUGCACUUUCUAAAUAAACACCUAAGCGGUGUGAAUUAAAAUGUCUUGUGUGUGCAUCUGACUUGCAGAGCAAUAUUUACACUGUGUAUAUUAGUUCUGUUUAACUGAUUUAAAAAUAAAUAUACAUUUCUUCCGUAAUUGCUUUACUAGGAGCAGGUUUUUUGUUUUUGGGGGGGUUUACUUCUUAAAAACAAAUGUAUUAAUUCACAUGCUUGUUUCCCACAUUGCCAUAUGAAUAAAAUGAAACAAUGCUAAUUCUACAAAAUUGCAAGUGAUCACAAGAUUAAUUGGUAUUUGGGUGUGUCUGCGAAACCAUUGCAGACUUUACACUUUACAGCAGUUUAUUUUAGUCAUGUUUGCUUGUUGCUGUGGUUAAUUAUACCGCAUUAUCUCAACGCAUACAGCAGCUCUCUUUAUUUCACAUAGAAACUAUUUUGGAUUAAAAAUCAAGAACUCUGGGAAGGGAGUGGCAGUUUACAAUCCCUGGAUUGUAUACACAAAACAAUGUUUCUUUAGUUGUACAUGCAACUACGUUUUAAAGUAGGGGUUCUUAAAAGGAGCAGUUCAGCUUCCAUAACAGCCUCAUAUCAAUGAAGGCUGUAGAUCCUGGAUGCAGUCUUACUUUAUGGGGUUAAAGGGACACUAUAGUCACCUGAACAACUUUAGCUUAAUGAAGCAGUUUUGGUGUAUAGAACAUGCCCCUGCAGCCUCACUGCUCAAUCCUCUGCCAUUUAGGAGUUAAAUCCCUUUGUUUAUGAACCCUAGUCACACCUCCCUGCAUGUGACUUGCACAGCCUUCCAUAAACACUUCCUGUAAAGAGAGCCCUAUUUAGGCUUUCUUUAUUGCAAGUUCUGUUUAAUUAAGAUUUUCUUAUCCCCUGAUAUGUUAAUAGCUUGCUAGACCCUGCAAGAUCCUCCUGUAUGUGAUUAAAGUUCAAUUUAGAGAUUGAGAUACAAUUAUUUAAGGUAAAUUACAUCUGUUUGAAAGUGAAACCAGUUUUGUUUUUUCAUGCAGGCUCUGUCAGUCAUAGCCAGGGGAGGUGUGGUUAGGGCUGCAUAAACGGAAACAAAGUGAUUUCACUCCUAAAUGCCAGUGAAUUGAGCAGUGAAAUUGCAGGGGGAUGAUCUAUACACUAAAACUGCUUUAUUUAGCUAGAGUAAUUUAGGUGACUAUAGUGUUCCUUUAAAUUAUUUUCAGAUGGUCUAAAGCCUAAGUUGUCGUCCUAGCACCCGUGUGCAGCGUGGUCUCCUCCUUCUACCACGGCACUAGUAAGGAAGAUUUUGUCUUGGGCCCCUGUGAUAGGCUAAGAACGUCAGCCAAUCACUGACUUCCCAGUUUGAGGAAAGUUUUAGAAAAGUACAUACACAAUGUUUCUAUUUGUUUAUUUACAUCAUGUGUCUUGUCUAUACCUGAACUGGAUAGCAAUAUCUCAAAGGGAAAUAGAACAUUACAUGAAAAAAGUUAACCCAAGUUAUAACUGAUUUUCAAUGUUUUAUUCAGUGGUGUUAUUUGCUGAAAACUCCUGAAAAAAUGUUCUGCUUUAAAGAGUUCCUUCAUGCACCAUAACCGCUUCACUGAUAUGAAGUGGUCAUGCUGCCUGGAGUCUUUAUGUGCAGUGUUUUGCUAUGCAUUGCUGCACAUAAAGCGUUUAACCCCUCUGCUGCCAGAGCUGUAAUUCCGCCUUUAGCAGCAUUAUUUGGGCGUCAUCAGCAAAUAUAGAUACUAUGAUGUAUCUCCGCUAUGACCCCUAGUGAUAAAGUUGGGAUAUUACACAAUUGCAGUUUGAUGCAAUGUAAGCAUCUUUGUCAGUUAUGAGACUUUCUCUUCCUUGCACCUACUCAUUUAUUUUGCUUCAUGUUCUAGAUUGGCCCUGCACGAUUUAGAGCUCCCGAGUUGCUCUUUCGGCCUGAUCUAAUUGGUGAGGAGUGUGAGGGAAUUCACGAAGUGUUGGUGUUUGCCAUCCAAAAGUCAGAUAUGGAUCUGAGGAGAACUCUGUUUUCCAACAUUGUUUUGUCUGGGGGAUCCACUCUAUUUAAAGGUCUGUAACCCUGUUUUUUUUUUUUCUUGCGUACAUCACCAGUAUUUCUCAGGUGGAAUUGUAUUUUGUGUUACGAGAUCUUUAUUAACACCUGCUAUCAUUGCAGGAUAAGGCAUCACCGUGUUCAGAAACUUUUUUUUUUGUAAAAAAAAAAAACACAUUUUAACUUUUUUUUUUUUUAAAUAUAUAUUUUCUGCUUGUUGGAAACCUUUUUAGUGACUAGAUUUAUUGAGGAACCUGGAAUUGUAGGAUAUUGACAAGGAAAUUGCUAAUUUUUGUAGUAGCCCCUUUUAUUCAGCAUGGAUGCUUGUUACUGACUGCCUUUGAAGGUUCACUCCGUACACCAUAACUACUGCAGCACAAGGAGUGCCCUGGUGAUUUCUCCCCGCCCUGCCCAUUAGAAGUAGUCAAAUUGUUUUUGAGUGGUUUGACUUCUUACUUGGGAUCCUAAGUAGCAUUUUCCACUACACCUUGUGUGUGUUUGUUUGUUUUUUAGUAUUUACAGCUAUAAAUAUUUUUUUCAGGUUUUGGUGACAGACUUCUGAGUGAAGUGAAAAAGUUGGCACCGAAAGAUGUUAAAAUAAGGGUAUGUUGAUCUAUAUAUUUUUUUAUAAUUUUAUUAAAAUAAUUUUUGAUGUAUGCCCUAUGUUUGCUUAGCUUGUCACAUGCACGUCAUAUUUCCCAGAUUUCCAUUCACAAGCUGGACACUAGUAAUCAAAUGGUUUCCAUUUAUUAGGAAAAGCAGUGACCAACUUUAGAACUACAGCUCAACGUGAGCUCGGUGAUAAUCAAAGUAAUUGUUGAUCAGAAAUGGCUGUAUCACCUGGAAACAACCCCCCCCCAAGUAGUGACCUAUUGUACAAGGAAGUCCCUGUCAAUUUGCUUGUAAAAAUAACCAUUUGCAAAAUUUGUUACAACUACAUGUCCACCCAUUAAGUGAGACAUCACAGGAGAAAGCUAGUGCUCAGGGCCAGUGCUACUUAAAUGUAAACGUAGAUGUGGCCUAGAACACAACCUCCAGGUGCGGCAUGUUACCCAAAGCAGUGAAAAAGUAAAUUUAAAGCUGAUGUUGUUAAUGUGUCAGAGUGACAGCAUUGUUUAAAUACUAAAUAGAAGUGAAUAUUCUCUUUUCAUUCCCUGCCUCCUGUGUAAAGUUGCAUACUUACAUAUUACAACAGUGAUGUAUCAAAGGAAAACCAAGUAGUGCAAUUGAAGAGUUCUGGAUUCAUGAAGUGACUUAUGUUUACAGAACCAUGAGAUGUCAUUAUUUUCCCCUAAUACACACAUCUGUUAUAUAUCUUUUAUACUACAUUAUUUUUUUUUAUUUAUUGAUGUAUUUGUUCGUUUGUUUAUUUCUUGUUAGGGAUCCUUUGAGCUCCAAGUUUCACUGAGACAAUCAUGCCUGAGAUGUAUGUGUAUGUUAAGCUAAAUUAAAAGGAUGAGAGCAGUCACACUGUGCUGAGUGUAACUCUCAUUAAUCAUGGUCAGUGGUUUCUGAGUUCAGAGGUCCCGGUACUGUAGUGACUGUAAAACCGUGCAUUUUGGGAAAUGAUCGAUGGAUGAUGUCGACAUAUGUUCUGUCUGGCUUCCCUAUUAAAAAAUAUAUCUAUAUCUCAUAACCCUCUCGGGUUUUACAAUGUCCUUACCUCCUAACCUGAGACCAUGAUUUUUAAACCUUGCAUUUUGAAGGAGUUAACCUGUGAACUCCAACAGUUGACAUCUGCUCGGUUUGGCCAAGGCCGAUCAAUUGACUUGGACUUUGUACUAUUUAAAAACAGGAAAAAACACAACAAAUAUGAAUGGAAAAAUUAGUUAAUUUCGGCAUCUCCUUGUUGUUUACCUAGGGCAAUAACAAUUAAAUUACCUCUAGACUAAUUAAUAAUAAUUUCAUAUUGUUGGCAAUGAAGCAGAAUGUGUGACUUCCCAUUCAUUGACAACUUUCUACUUGUAAUAUUAAAAAGAAAAGUUCUAAAAUAAGAUAAACAUUGUACCACCUUUAAAGUAAAUUUCAAAAAAAUAUUUUUAAUUACCAAGUUCAGUGCUCACCUAAAUUAAUGACUGCCUUUUACAGAACAAAUUCUGUCUCCGCUAAACUCCAGUUCUUUAUAAACGGACUUCAUUCAUGCAUUUUUACCAAGUCUAACAAAUGUAUAUUCAGGCUUAUUGGAACCAAUUUGUCCAUUGUGUAUCUCUGUGCUUGAAAUAUGUAAACACUGGUUGAGUGAGGCAUGGUUACCAUGUGCCAUUUCAGAUGCUGUACUCGGCCACUGUACAUGGCAUUAGUUGCAAUGAAUGUUCCAUGCGUUACACCAUAGAGAAAUAAGAACUUUAUCCUGAGUGUUUUUUUUUUUUGUUUUUUUUCUCAUUUAAAAAUAAUUAGAAAUUAAUCAAGUAAUACUGUAACUUCAAUUUCCUUUGAAAAGCUAAGUUUUGUGUUUUUUUUCUCUACUCUUAUUUUAGAUAUCAGCCCCACAAGAACGAUUAUAUUCCACAUGGAUUGGGUAAGUCAUACAAUAUGCUUUCUGUUGUUAAGUUCACGGGGCACUCUUAGCAAACACUCAAUAUAGUGGAAAUGUUGCCUAGAGUGUCAGGGCGCCAUCUCCUGGUUUAGGUUCAAACUGAUUGGGAGGAGUUUGACAAAAAUUAAAACAAUGUCUCCCAAUAUUUAUACCCUUGACAAACUUUGUAUCCUAGAAGAUAUUCUUUGCUUUUCUUCUGUUAAAAACUUUUGUAUGUCCAAUAUAUUUUUUUCCAUUUAUUUUCAAUCGAAAUUUGGACAUCGUUAUAGAUUCGGAAUUCCGAUCAGUGCAGCCAUUUAGUAAAUAUCUCUCUAAAAUGGUAGCCUUGUGGGAUUUCCAUCUUUAAGGGUACCAAAUUAGGGAUAGUUUAGUAGAUGGCUCCUUUUCAUAGGGGUGUGCCUGGGCACACCCUAAUCCCCCAUGGCACGCCUAUGUAUUGAGACAGGCAGGGGAGAUCUCAGGAUCUCCCCUGUCAGCUCAUGCAGAGCCAGCGCUAUCUGAGCGCCGGCUCUGCUCUCAGUCUCCCUCCCCACUGCAGCAUGGAGGGAGGCAGGAGAGGACCCAGAGAGCUCAACCAGCAGCUCCGCCGGGUUCCUUUCGCGAGUUCUGAGCGUGGCCGCGCCAACGCUCAUAUUUUGCGAGAGUGAACUCCAGCCCCACAGGGGCUAGAGUUCACUCUCCACUGGACCACCAGGCAUGGCAGCAGGAACUAUUAAGUAAUGUACCCACACCCUCACACAUACACCACACACAUACAGCUCACACACACAUACAGCACCCUCAAACACACAGCACAGAAACAACACCCUCACACACACAGCACACUAACAGGACCCUAACAAACACACACAAACACCCUCACACACACACAUCACACUAACAGCACCCUCACACACAGCACCCUUACACACACAUAGUUACAUAGUUACAUAGCUGAAAAGAGACUUGCGUCCAUCAAGUUCAGCCUACCUCACAUUUGUUUUUUUUUGCUGUUGAUCCAAAAGAAGGCAAAAUAAACCAGUUUGAAGCACAAUUUUGCAACAAGCACACAACACCCUCAAACCACCCUCAUGCAGCACACACACAGCAGUGUGUGUGUGUGUGUGUGUAUAUAUAUAUAUAUAUAUAUAUAUAUAUAUAUCUAUCAUAAUAAAUAAAAAUAAUAAAAUACUAAAAAAUAAUAAAAAUACUUAGUAUUGGUAAUAAAUAAAGUUAUAUCCUCCUUCCCCUACCUGCUGUGCAGCGAAUAGGGGCAUGUCUACUAAACUGUUACAAAAAAAGGACUAGCACCGUGGCGGCUAUGGUGCCCAGUCUCUAAUCCAAUAAAAGGGACCUGACACAGGUCCCCCCAUGCCACUGUCUGCUUGUUGUUUAGUAUACAUGCCCCUUCUAACAGCACAGUAGUUAAAGGACCACUCUAGGCACCCAGACCACUUCAGCUUAAUGAAGUGGUCUGGGUGCCAGGUCCUUCUAGGGUUAACCCAUUUCAGAGAAACUGCUAUGUUUAUUAAUGGGUUAAGCCUUCCCCCAAAGCCUCUAGUGGCUGUCUCAUUGACAGCCACUAGAGGCGCUUGCGUGCUUCUCACUGUGAUUUUCACAGUGAGAGAACGCCAGCGUCCAUAGGAAAGCAUUGUAAAUGCUUUCCUAUGUGACCGGCUGAAUGCUUGCGCAGCUCUUGACGCGAGUGCGCAUUCAGCCGACGGGGCGGAACGGAGGAGAGCUCUCCGCCCAGCGCUGGAAAAAGGUAAGUUUUAACCCCUUUCCAGAGCCGGGCGGGUAUGUUUUCCUGGCACUAUAGUGGUCCUUUAAGGGUAUUAGAUAGGAUUUAACCUUUUAUACUAAUAGGCCAAAAAUUUCCUACAUUUUGCUAUGGUCUUGUGAAUACCAUUUCUGAUUGUAUUUUAUUUAAUAUAUUGUACAAUUCCAAAACAUUUAACCCAGUUUAUUCAUGCCCCUUUAGUGGUUCCAUUUUGGCUUCUCUGGACACCUUCAAGAAAAUGUGGGUUUCAAAGAAGGAAUACGAAGAAGAUGGUGCCAGAGCGAUCCACAGGAAAACUUUCUAACAUCCCGCGAAGCCGAGUCUCUAUUCACUUCAGUUUAAAACUCGCUUUUCAGAGUAUGAGAGAAUCUCGAGAGGUGACUGGUGGGUGGGUGUGUAUGUAUGUGUCUGUAUGCGCUCUCCAGCAUGCCAAGAAAAGAUCUAAAGAGGGGGAAGAUCUCAUGUUAGAAAGGCCAGAAGAGCAAACGGGAGGAAAGCCUUGUAUCCCAUUCCUAUUAUGUUUUAUUAUGUUGCUGCAGCAUUUAUAAAUGGCCUCUUCUGAAGAUGUUGUAUCGCCUUGUAGCCAAUUGACUCCCAACGGCCAGUGUAUGCAGUUUGAAACUUGAACGGUCUGCAUUGCAAUAGUGCAAGCUCUGGCCUUAAAGGCCUACAGAUGAAAUACAUUUACUUGAGUCUACAAAAAGAAAGAAUGUUCCUGAACUCUGUAACAGAAUACCUGAUUUUAGGAAAUGUUUCUAUUGCAUGGAUAAAUAAAUGAACAAAAUAUAGAGUUAGACAUCUGUUUUUACUGUUUAAAAAAAAAACCCUAAAGCUACCCCUGUACUAAACAGAGUUUGCAGAAACCAUAGAUUGCAAUCCAGACGAUCUCGAUGUCUUCUCGCUCUCUCUCUCCUCUCAAUGGCCGUGUUUAAAUCCUUUCUCGUCAUCUUCCAGUAAUUGUUGUUUUCCCAAGAAUAAACAUAUUUAAUUUUUUUUUUUUUUUUUUUACGCAAUACAAUUAAGACCAGGUUUUUUUUUUGUUUUUUAAUUCAGGUUUAGUUUCUGUCCACUGUAACAGAUUUUAUUUUGUACUGGAUCUGCCUUAUUGCUGUCAUGCUGCAUGGUUUGUUUGUGUUAUUUUGUCUCCCCACACACCUAAAUCCUUGCUACACAAACACAUUAAAUGGUUUUAUAAUCCUGUAGUUGUGCCUGCAAGGCCACAAAUCAUCUACUGUUGUCUAACCGCUAGAAAUGUCUGUGCAUGCAUUGACAUAGACAUUGCUAUAAUCACGCUAUGCUUUUACACCAGGCCAAAACUAAUUUUAGCACAGCUCUCAUUAGUGGCUGUCAUCUGCUGUAAAGAUCUUGGUAUAUAUUUAUCCUAGCUCUAACUAAUAUUAUUCAGUUAUAAUUUGGCUUCUCAUGCAUUCCCACCUCUCUCACCAAAAGAAAAAAAAUCCUAGCCAAGUGAUUGCAAAAUGUCUGUAUUGUAAUUGCCAGCUAACUAAUCCAUGUAAGCGUUGGUACUCUGUAUAUCACCCCCUUUUCCACUAGACUACAUUCUUAGUGGGAUCAUUUUAGAAAAUGUUUUGUUUAUUUAUAAUAAAAAGCACACACUGCUCUACACUCUGUGUUCCCUAUUAGAUUUUCGGAGAGACCCCCCAACUGCAGAGGUGACAUUACAUUGUGAAAAUUCUUUACUUUAUUCUAUGGCAAUUCAUUUUUUUAAAUAAGAAUAGCGUGAAAGCUACCUGCUACCCCCUCCAUUCAUAGUUAAAUCUGUGUUGUACUUUACUGUAACUAAUUUAAACUGUACCUGGUACUGUGCCAAAAUUACAAAAAGCACUUCCUUUUUUGUAAGUUUGGAUACUAGAAGAAUGUUUAAGUGGUUUAAACAUGUCAGUUUUCAAUGGGUGUCAUGUGGGUGCCCAUCCACAUCUUUUCCAGAAGCUUAUUAAGAGAAUUUAACCCACCAAGUUGCAAUAUGAACUGUUAUAGUGUUAGCAUUCCAUAUAAUGGAUGUCUACAUAAACUAAUGUACACCUCGCCUGUGCUGUUCUGUCUCUCUCCCUCUGUCUUUAAUCUAAAACCGGAUACGUUUCUUUAUUUCGAUUUAAGACAUACUAACCACUAAUUUCUGAUUCCAACACUAAAUGCUGAACUUAAUGUUCUUCUCCUGUAGAAUUAUUUAAUAAAAGCAGAUUUUUAGGAUUAUUUAUGAAAUAUAGCCUGUAAUUCUUGAUGACUGUUUCCAGCAGCAAAAUCAUGAUUCUUUCACUACAGAAAUGUUAGUUACACUGUAUAUUUCCACCAUAGCGUCUGUGUGGGUUUCUUGCGGAUGCCCAGAACAUUCCUGACUAGUCCACUCCCUUCUCAUAAAAACCUGUACAUAUGGAGGCAAGCUGAGCACUGAGAAAACGUUUGCAAUAGCUGGCGUUCCAGGAGUUCGGUUCUGCUGGUCUGUAUCAUUGGUAAGCAAAAUGCAACUAUCUAGGCACUGAUGAAAGACAAUGCCCAUCAUUCUCUCCUCGGAUGAUGGGAAUUCUAGUUAAUGCAGGAGAACUGCAUUUUGCAUAGACCUGAAUAUAUUAAACCCUGUUAAGACCACAGGUUGAGUGGGACAUCACAGACCAGGGCCCUGUUAGCUUUCCUCGUGAUGAUGCAAUGUCAGCUUGUUUGCGGUUAUUACAGAAUGUCAGUUUCUAUGUAAGAAUAAACAAAUUGGGAUCAGUCACUGGCGUUUGUGCUUUGUGUAUUUGAAAACAUUUUGUUUUCCCACUUAUCUUACAUCUUGUGCCCGUCAAUAUCAAUUUAAAUGCGUGAAAGUAAACCUGACAUGCGUCAAUAGUGGGCGAUGUCCAUACAUUGUAACACGUAUGUGCAGGACCAGUGUUGUGAAUGGUUAGCAAGCCUACGCGCAACAUUAAGAAAGCAAAGGAGCUACAAAUGAUGAGCGUCAGGUGUUCCUUACCACUCCCAACAUUCUGGCUGAGACCAGAUACUGUUUUCUGUGGUAAGGUUGUAAAAAAAAAAAAAAAAAAAUCUCUGGAAAAUCCACUAUUAAUGUAUCUUCAUUUAACAGUUUAUGAGGAGGCUAUAUAGUAGUAUUCAAACACUGGACUACAAAGAGCCUGGCUUGAACCUUACCAACCAAAAACACUGCAAGUCUGAUGGAGGAUUUGGAGUUUGCCAACAGGUGGAGGACACUGGUGUAUGAAUACUCUUUAUACAAAUUUGUGAUUUUAUUUAAAAGGGCCAAUCACAGUAACAAAUAUAAACGUAGCCACAAUCUAUUGUAUGUGCAAAUUCAAAAGCAGCAAUCCACUGUUAAGUACAUCCUCUUGGCUGAAAAGACAUCUGAUUUUAGAGCAAGGACCAUGGUCAACAGGAACACUAUAACAUAACGGAGACUCCUCUGUUCACGGAAUAGUUAAUAAAAUAGCAUGGUCUAAAUCCAUAUGAAUUUCUCUUCAUUAUCCAUUUUGAAAAAUACUAAAAUAAUAGGAAUUGCACCUCAUUGUGACAACAUAGAAUGUGACGACAGAUAAGAACCAUUUGGCCCAUCUAGUCUGCCCAAUCUUCUAAAUACUUUCAUUAGUCCCUGGCCUUAUCUUAUAGUUAGGAUAGCCUUAUGCCUAUCUCACACAUGCUUAAACUCCUUUACUGUGUUAACUAGUGAUGUCCCGAACGGUUCGCUGCAGACGGCGAACAUAUGCGCUGUUUGGUCCGCCCCCUAUUCGUCAUCGAGUAAACUUUGACCCUGUACCUCACAGUCAGCAGACACAUUCCAGCCAAUCAGCAGCAGACCCUCCCACCUCCAUUUUACAUUCAUUGUGAAGCUGCAUUCUUAGUGAGCUGUCCAGGAGGUGGGAGGAAUUUGAACUAUACUAUUUUAUCAACUCUCCUAUGAACAGGAGUUUCCUUUGAAAAUUUUUGCCAAUCACAGAAUUCAACAGCGGUUAUUUAGAAUCUUUGUGGAAAUCUGUAUGAAAAGUGUCGCGUUCACAUAUGCACUGGUUUAUGUAUAAAACGGUUUCUCAACCCAUUAUACAUUGGUGCCUUAUUUUGCCACCUCCCUGUAAUGUAACCAAAAUACUCUAUUUUACCGGUUUUUUUUUUGGUUUUUUUUUUAAAUCACGUUUCUGGAUAUUUCGCGCUUUAUAUUCUGAUGAUAUAAAAAGGUGCAUUUGCCAGUUGUAGGAUAUUUUUUAUACAUUAAAGAAAACGGAAGAACGUUUAGACUGCUUACCUGUCUCACAAAACUCACCAAUCUGACAGUGGCAAAAACAUUUAUGUAAAGAGAGAGCACACCUUAUCACUUUUUUUUUUUUUAAAUAAAAUAUUGGAAACAAAUAUCUGAGAAUGCAAAUAGUAAAAGGAAAAAACUAAACAUGCAUAAAAAAGUGAACGUGACACUUCAUUGAUUGGCCAAGAUGUUUACUGCAUUGUGAGUGUCUCAUUAAAGUACCAUAACAUCCAUGAAACUUUUGAAGUAUUUUUGCUGCAGAACUCCACACAGCAGCUAGCCGUUCUUGUGAAGUCACAAUGCAUGGCUUAUAUAGAACAGGCUAGUUUUCCUUUGAUAUAUUGGACAAAUGUUUUUAUUUUUAUCAUUCGCACACAUACCUGUCAGAGAAAACCAACUUGCAUAUAGUGUAGGCACCAAUUAAAGUACGCUGCUAAAAUGUUAAUCUUUGGUACCACAAACUUAAUUUUAGAGAAUACUAGGCUACUGCUGACAAAUAAGAGAAAUGUCUGUUUGCAAUGAAAUGCUUUGAAUUUUAAAUAUAUCAUACAGUAAAUUUAUCCUGAACAU